AUUGAUCUUGAUCUCACGUGGGGCACGUCUCUUAUACAUAACAGCAAGAUAGAUAUUUGGUAUGGCAUAUGGCUGAAGUAGUCUGCCUUCAAUACCGCUCAGUAUUCGCAUCGUAUCGUACCUAGACCCGCAUACCAAUCCACAGAUGGCAGGCUUAGUAAAGCGCGUACUCAGCCUCGUCACCACGUCGGCGGGCCAUGUAGCAUUCAACCCUGUCAUCACAGCAGCUCUCCUAUGGAUUUUGACCAAAGGACCUCCACAGAUCCGUGGUCAACUGACUAGCAGGAUCGCGGCUCUUCAAGAUCCUCGACGAUAUGCGCAAGUCGUGAGAACGCUGAAGUGGUGUCUGGCUUUCGGGACUAUGCGAGUCGUCAACAAGCAGAUGAACCACAUUGCUCUGAACGCAGGAAGAAUUCGAAGUGAAAGGGCGAGAUGGAACUGGGACCAGGAAGUCGCUGCGAUUACGGGUGGAUGUAGUGGUAUUGGUGAACUGGUCGUCACCAGGCUGGUCCACAAGGGAAUUAAGGUUGCGGUUCUGGAUAUCCAGCAACUGCCUCCAAGUCUACAGGGCUACGCGGAUAUCAAGCUCUUUACAUGCGACGUUACGAAUCCAUCUGCAGUCUACUCAGCCGCAGAGAAAGUAAAAGCAACAUUUGGUGCUCCUACUAUUCUCAUCAAUAAUGCUGGGAUCCUUGCAGCACAUACCAUUCUGACGACGUCUGAUGAUUAUCUCCGGAAGAUUUUCGACGUCAAUGUACUUAGUAACUGGUACACGACCAAGGCAUUCCUCCCAGAUAUGCUUCGAAACAACAAGGGUCAUAUUGUGACGGUUGCCAGUCUUGCAAGUUAUGUUACCGUCGCUGGAAUGGUAGACUACACAGCCACCAAGGCGGCCAUCUUAAGUUUCCAUGAAGGGCUCAAUCAAGAGCUCCAGCUUCAUUACAAUUCACCAAAUGUUCUCACGACAUCGAUUCAUCCUAAUUGGGUUCGCACACCACUGCUCGGACCCUUGGAAUCGGCAAUUACGAGCCAAGGCUCUGAGAUUAUCGAGCCUGCGGCUGUGGCUGACACGAUUGUCGACCGUAUUGUUAGCUGCACCGGCGGGCAGAUCUGCUUGCCGAAUAGUGCAGGUAAGGCGAGUCUGCUAAGAGGACUGCCGAAUUGGAUCCAAGAAAGCGUGAGGAGUGAACCCAGCAAGCUCAUCUUCAACAAUGUAAAGUGAUAGCAAAUGAUACAGAAGUCAGUUC